AGUGGCCCAAACGAAAAGCCCAAACGAAAAAUUGGUUUCAUAAUCAUCACAUUCUUUCUCCUCUUUUUUCUACACACAUGCACAUCCACCCACCUUUUCUCCCUCGCGCCUCCGACUCACGGUGCUGUCUUGCUGUCUAGGGUUUAUACCUUGGAGAUUUUUGUUUUACUAUUCCAAUUAAGUGAACUUUAAACAAGGAAGAGAACGCUUCUUUAUAGUUUGGUUUGUUGAUUUUGGUUUUACUAUUCCAAAUAUGGGAACCCCAGAGAAGGAAGAGUACGCUGCAUUUCAAGAGAAGGUUAAACGUACAGUUUAUGUUGACAACCUCUCACCACAGGUUACUGAACCUGUUAUGAGAAAUGCUCUAGAUCAGUUUGGCAGUGUAAUUAGUGUACAGUUCAUUCCGAACUACAUUGUGCCUGGAAAUAUCCCAAAGUGUGCGUUAGCGGAGAUGGAGAAUAAAAAACAAGCUGAUGCUGUUGUCUCUGUGAUCACACAGUUCCCUUUCAUGAUAUCUGGGAUGCCUAGACCUGUGAGGGCACGCCUUGCUGAGGAGGAGAUGUUUGAUGAUCGCCCUAGGAAACCCGAUAGAAAAAUACAAUGUCGCUGGCUUGAUCCUGGUGAUCCUGAUUUUGAAAUAGCAAAGAAACUCAAGCAGCUUUCUCAAACUCAUUUCAAAGAAGCUGAUUUCUUGCUUAAGAAACAACUACAAGAAGAGGAGAAGCUUGCAAAGAAGCAGCAAGAAGAACUCAAAACACAUUAUAAGAAGCAUGAGUUGAUGGAUGGUGUGGUGGCUGAUGGAACCGCUAAGCGCUUGGCACGUCAUUAUAACAUUCGCCCCCCCAACGAAGGAUAGGCUUUCAGAUUAGGAUCUCCCUCAUGUCUAACAAGUAAUGUCAGAUAGAUACUAGGUAACUGCACUAGGUAACUGCCUUUAAGGCUCCAUUAGUGUGGUGAAACGCAUUCGCAAAUUUGUUUAUAUAUACUAGGUUACUUUUCUAGAUAGACAGACUGAAGUCACCCAAGAAACUGUUCUAAUUCAAGUCCACCCAAACUUUGGGCAUGUAGAUGUAAAUAUGAUAGAUGUUUUUUGCAGCAUCAGUUUUUUUUUACUGGUACUGGUGACUGGUGAGUACUGCGUAUGAUAUUAGAAGCAUAUUAUAGAUGUUGCAAUUGCAAUGAGACCAA